GUUUUUAUUCCCCAGAUUUGCAGAAAUGAAGUAGCAAAAGCAUUUAUAACAUCGAUGAGAUGCAGGCAGUUGAGAUGUCUGACUUAUGACAUCAAGCCAAGGCUACUUACGAAGCAUCCUGGCAUCAAAUCAUACAACAUAUUUGAAGUUCAGAGACAUAAAAUUGAUGGAGUGAUUUUUAGACAAUUAAAUUGAGAUUAAGUUGGAGUAAACAUAACUAGAUCAAUUGAUCAUAAAUAAAAAUGGAAAACAGAUAUUUACAGUAAUUUUCCACCAGCAGUUUUCUAUUUAAAUAUUGGAAAAGCUGUUCCUCUUGACCAUAUCUAAACGAUACCAUCUCUUGUUGGAAAAUGGUACGACAUUAGCAUUAGUUAAUACCCCAUAGACGCAAAAAAAUUCUAUUAUAGUGAAAUCGUUGUAUCUACAGCGAUCGCUAUUUAAAAAAUCGAUUUAAUGAGCGUUAAUAUCUACCAUAUGAAACACCACAUUUCAAUCAUAUCUUCCAAUCACAUUUGUAAUUUUCACUUAAAUACAGAUAUGUACUGUAUCUACUGACUAAUUGCUUUAAACAUAUUGCCUCAUAAAUUGAAGCCUCGUUUAAUCUGAACGUCUUGACAACAGCAGAGUGAUCGUCACAGGGACUAGGAAAGUCGAUGCUCCAGGUCUGUUCUCUCAGGUCUGAACUCUAGUUCAUAAACUACUUGGCACUCUUCAACUCUGGAGUCAUGCAGCUUAACAUUUGGAUGAUGAUAUUGAUUCUACUGAAAGCUGUGACACACAGCAGCGAAUUAAAUUGGGUGGAAGGCAUUGAAAGACACGUCCGAGAAAACUCUCAUCUCUAUCAGGUCGUCUUCCUGAGUACAGAGCAAGAAGCUCUGAGGAUUCCCGGAGUACCGGAGCUAUUCAGAGUAAUCUCCGCCAGACGACCCAUUUUACAUACGAGUGCAGGAAGUAUUUAUCCCCCAACAGCAGCCAUUGAUGCCAUGAAACGUCCUUCGGUGAGUGAAAUGUUCGUGGAGUAUCUGAUCAUCAUUCACUCCAAUGGAACCAAUGACAACUUCAAAGUUACUCUGGAAUAUGCAUGGGCAAACAAAAUGCUGAAUGUUACAGUUCUCGAGCUGAUUGACACUGAGGACAAGUCAACUGGAUACCACGAUUUUGAUAUUUUCAUUCAUCAGCACAAUCCUUUCCUGGGACACUUCAGCACAUCAAAGUAUUCAUCACAACAAGAAUUAUUUCCUGAUAUUGUGCACAACAUGCAUGGCACUCGUCUCAGAAUUGGUGUGCCCAGCGAACCACCUCUGGCAGGGGGAGUAGUGGACGGUCAGAUUGUUUACCAGGGUCCCAAUACAGAAUUCAUCGAUUUAAUGGCACGUGUCAUGAACUUCAUUCCUGCUUUUGAAAAUCGAACAUCAGUACUGACCUACCCAUUAUCCGCAGAAGCUUUGUACCGUGAUCUGGUGAUGGGAAUGUUGGACAUGCACGCAGAUCUCUUACCCCAUAUAUGGAAGUUUGAGGAGUUGAAUACCUUUCGAACUGCAGCGAUCUAUGAAGAAAAAUACUGUGCUACUGUACCUGUGAUUGUGAAGAAAGAGACGACAUUCUCGGUGGCUGCUUUUGGUAGCUAUCUCCCUGCGCUUGGAAUGGUCGGAUUAAUUUGGAUUCUUCAACUGUUUACAAUUUUAGAUCGUAAUUACUGGUCCCCAUUCAACGUUAUCGCAUCAAUAUUCGGCAUAUCUGUCAGUAAGCAGCCGGAUCAUUCUGCGGAUCGUGUGAUGUUCGCUGCACUGAGUUUGAUUUCGAUUAUAUACUCCUCUGAACUUUAUAGUUCAUUAAGCAGUGAUGUUCUUAAUGAAGGGGUUCGGACCGAAUGGAGUACGUAUGAAGACUUACUAAAGUCUGAUCUGAAAAUAGGUGCUACCUACGAUCACUUACAAUUGUUCUUUGGCAAUUUGUCUGUUCUGCCUUCAGCAUUCCAAGACAGAAUUGUUGUCAAGGAGUUCGACAGUUUGGGAGUAUAUGCUGAUCUUGCUCGCCAUAAGGAUUCCAGCUAUAUCGGACAAUGCAGUCUCUAUUAUUUUUAUCGCAUUAACUUUUCAAACAUGCAAAUGAAAUUAUUAAAAUCAUAUGUGACACAAGAGUUGACCACAUUUCUCAUCUCACCAAAAUUACCUUAUCAACGUCACAUUGGAAAUGUCAUAACGCGUCUUCGGGAAGUAGGUUUCGUUGAUAAGUUGUUCCACAGAGAACUAAAAUACUGGAAGAGCAUCACCACGCAAUUCGAAACAGUAAGUCCCCCUCGGGAACAAAAUUUUUGCAAAAAAUUAAUAAUUUUUUUGAGUUUUGGUUACCUUUUGGCUACGGUUGUAUUCUUAGUCGAACUGACUCACUAUUCUAGUAUUCGCAAAAAAAAAUAAUUUCAUAUUUUUAUCCUUUAUAUGAAGAUCAUCGCCAGGGUAAAGCUUUUAUAAUAAAAUUAGAAUUUAAACCAGGUACAAUUUAUUUUACGUAAAGAGGAACCACAAAAUAGAAGUUUAAACAAUAGUAUUGUAAUUGCCACCCAUUUGAUUUGUUAAUAAACUGUUGCAGAUUAAUAAAUGAAUUUAAAAAACCGUUAACAAUUUAGACUGAGUUUGUGUUGACG